CAAUAACAUGGAAGAAGAAAAUGAAACCAAUGAUUCUCUUUCUCUUCCUCUUCCUCUUCCUACUUCAUCAUGUUCAUCGAAAAAUUUACCUCAUUCAUUUAAUCAACUGUUAGAAUAUCAAUUGUCUCUCAAUGAAAUGUUGGAUCAAGAGAAUUCACGUUUCUCCGAAUUUACUCAACCUUUGGAAAUCGAGAAUCUAAUUAAUCAAUCGACUCAUUAUCUGACCAAAAUGAACAAUGUGAAAAAAGACAUGGAAUUUGUGACGGAAAAAGCUGAACGAAUCAGGAAACGAGGAUUAAAAUUACAAGAAAUUAUUCAGAAACAAAUAUUGGAAAAAGAGAUGAGAAAAGAUCAACAACUCCAACGGGAAAAACAACUCGCACCAGUGAUAAUCGGUAAAUCGGCCAAAAAGUGAAUUUCCCAGUUCGAUCAAAUUGUUAUCCAUUUUGUUGAAUAAAAUCAAAUAAAUGUGAUUCUUAUUUAUUGUACGUA